AGGCAGAAACCCGGGUUCUUUCCUUUCUAUUCUUUCCGUUUCACCAAUUCACCAAUUCCGCGCCCUUAAUUCUGCAAAAAAGGGUUCAAUUCCUGUUUUUCCACACGGUAACAAUGGAACAAAAACAGUUAGUAUUGCGCACAACUACAGAACCACUGAUAUCAGAGUCAAAUUCAAUGACUAGUGCAACACUGGGUCGUGUUAUGAGCACAUUGCUUACUACCAAGCCUAAGAAGCUUCUAGAAACAAUUUCUCAUCUUGAUCCUUCUCCCAAAAUUGCACCUAUUGGUGUUUCUUUGGAACAGUCAUUAUUGUUUCUUUACAAGUAUGUGAAGGAUGCUGCUGAAAAAGAGUCAUCUUUGGAUCAAGUUCUUGUUCCUAUGAUUCAACAUUCACUGAGGUUCCGGGGGUCAAAGCAUGGCAACCAAGUGAUGAUACUUCUCAAUUGGCUUUUUGAGGACGAAGUAAAUUUCCAGUCUUUAGCAAAUGAUCUGGAGGCCAUUUUAUCUCUAAAAGAGGAUCAUUACAUAUCCCUUGGGUGGUGUACCCUUGCACGAAGUCUUAUUGAAUUUGAGGUCACUAUGGACAAGCUCGAAACACGUGGGGUUAGAGCGAGAUAUGAUGCACUUCUGAAGAUUUUCUGCACAUGUACGUCCCAUCUUGUGGCUAUUGUACGUGAUGGAAGCACCGUGCAGGGGGAAUUUGAGCUGCCAACUCGCCUUUCAGUGGCUGCUGCAGAUCUAAUUCUCUCUCUUACGGAGGCAUUAACAAGAAGUGAUUCAGUGUCCAACUGCUCAGAUGACAAGCAAAAGGCAGCUGGUAUUGGUGAAAGAAAUCGCCCGGUCAUGUUGUUACCUUCUACUUCGACUAAGAAGAAAGUGAAUAAAAUCAGCAAAUCCUCUGAAUCUACACACAUGGAAAUGAAGUUGCUGCUUUGGGACCAGUUGGAUCACCUCAUAGUUCUUGUAGAGAGACUUACAGCUUGGAGCAAAAAAAGCAGGCCUUUGCAUGCAAAGGCAUUGGAGAGAGUUCACAGGUGGUUGCUGGGGACGCAGGAAAAAUAUAUUCACAUACAAACCAAGGCAGACAGAUUCACAAAUGCUGAAGAGUGGAGUAUUACUGCUCUCUUCUUGUUGGAAACAUUAUGGCAUGUUGUUGCACUUGGAAGAUCCCAAAUUCGCACAGAAAUAUACAGAAUUAUUGGAGCAGUACUUAUCUGGGAUUCAGAUAACUAUGCUGAAGAGUCUCCUAAAAACAAAGAAAGUGGAAGAGAGACCAUCAAGUUUUUCCUGAAUUGCCUUGCCCUUCUAUUAGGCCGUCUACAUGGAAUGCAGUUUGAAACUACCAUUGAGGAACAUGGAUCUCAGCUAUCUCAAGCUAUCAUAUCCCAGCUCAAUUGUGCAGAUGAUGAAGUAAUUGACAGUGCCCUCUGCAUCUUCAAAGCUGUCAUCUUUAGGACGAACAGUAGUUUGUCUAAAUGUGCUGCAGACAUUAGUCAGAUUAAUGCUCUACUGCCAAUGUUAUUACACCUCUUGGACGAGCGAGACAGUGCAGCGAAAGCUGUUAUCAAGCUUUUUGCUGAAUAUUGCUCCAUAUCCUCAGAUACACAGUGCUUGGAAGAAAUUCUAAAGCGCCUUAUUUCUGGGAAUGUUUCACAGAAAAGCAAUGCUGUUGACUUCAUUUCAGAUCUUAUCCAUGUAUCUAUGGAGUCAGAUACCGUGCUUCCUCCUACUAUGUGGCAGCAUUUGUCAUGCCACCUAUUGGAGUUUCUCCAAGACGAACAAAUGGUAAUUAAUACACAGGCUUCCAAAUUGAUUCCUUUAAUAGAUCCUUCGUUUACUUUGCCUGCACUAGUUUGUCUUAUAUACUCUCCACUUGAAAGAGUACACUCGUUGGCAAGUGGUGCACUCGUUGCAUUAUUGAAGAAUUACAAGCAUAACCCUGAUGUUAUAUGCAUGCUGCUCGACUGUCUGAGCAAACCCACUCAGAACCCAGACAUUUGUGAUACUGCUUAUGGUGAAGAAGGACAAAAACCUGAUAUUGAUAGAGUGCUGAAGCUGCUUCCUGAGUGGUCAAAAAUAGUUGAAGAUUGGAAGGUGAUGAUUGGACCCUUGAUAGAUAAGCUUUUUGCUGAGCCAUCAAAUGCAGUAAUAGUCAGGUUCUUGAGUUUCAUAAGCGAGCACUUGGCAAGUGCAGCAGAUUUUGUCUUUCAACAGAUUAUUUCUUACACAAGAAGGCAGAAGGAGUGAGUUGUUCCUCUUCUCUUUCCUACUCCUAUAUUAGGAAGUAACUACCUGUUAUAGCAUUUCUUUGGUCCCGGUGGCUUCUUUUGUUAGUGUUACAAUAUCAAGAGAA